AUGGAGGAGCCACAGAACCUUCGCUCUCUAUUUGCAUCAGCAAAGGAGCAAUAUCGUGCCUUGGGAUUGAGGGGUGACACCAACUCCGAGACCUACAGAGACGAGGUGAACACAGCGAUUGCCAAAUUUCAAGAAUGCCAGCGUCAAGUGAGCAUGUUGUCGCUAUAUAGCUCUAAUGAGUUGUUGGAAGAUAUUUCAACCAAUGAUGUCCAGUACAUGACAUUGGAAUACCAUUUGGCCGAGCUCAUGCAGCGAGCUGCUACCUCAGACCGUGAGGCUGUCUUGAAGCGUGCGCUCGAAGAAUAUGAGAAAUACUUGAUGCGCCUGGAUGAGUACCUGCUACUCUCUGACGGAGAUAAGAAGCUCUUCAAGCAAUACAUGGCCAACCCAACAUCUUUUACCCUCAUGCCAGCCAAUGAUGCUGCCGCUAGACGGGAAAUUAAAGUGACACGCUUUCGAGAAGAAAAAGAGCUCAAGCAGAAACUAGAGUAUUUCGCUCGCAACGAAGCUGGACUGCAAAGCGACGACGAUGACAUCCGCUCUCUUUACCUAGCAGAGCUCCAGCUCUACACCCAUCAGACCUUCCAGGCCUUAGAUCUUCUGAUCCAGGAAUUAUCGAUACUUUCAGCUAUGCGUAACGCGCCACCCCGUCCCCCGCCAACGGACGAUCCUAGACAGAGAAGCAAUAUCGGAGGUUUAAAUUACUCAGAGCGUUUAGAUCCUUCAACGUCGCAGCUUUUGAGAGGAGGAAGAGGCGGUCCUAUCUUGAAUAGCAAAGGAAAGCCAAUGCAGCCGUUUACGUUGCUGGGUCGGCGCGCAGAAAUGCAACAGGGAGUCUUUCGACCAGGUCAUAAUCUUCCUACGAUGACAAUCGAAGAAUAUUUGGACGAAGAGCACAGACGAGGAAAUGUGAUAGAAGGAGGAGGCGAGAAAUCCGGCAUCAAACCGCAAGUCGACGAGGAUGACCACGACAUUGCCGACCAGGAAACGAUGAAAGCACGAAAUUGGGACGAGUUCACGGAAGCUAAUCCGAAGGGUGCUGGAAAUACACUGAACCGUGGAUGA